AUGAACGAACUUAAUCAUCUGACUCCAGACCACCACUACCACCACGCGCAACAACAACAACAGAAGCAGCAGCACCACCUGACACACCCAUCUACUAUCAACAAGAUGACUUCAAUAACUCCGGCUAUCGCAUCAUCAUCAUCUCCGAAUGACUCACCAUCAAUACACGAUUUAAUACAAGAUGACGAUAAUGCGUCAAUGGAAAUCUUUAAAAUGUAUCAACACAAGAGUUAUCUACCUCAUAAUCAAAGGAUAUCCAAUUUGGCUUGGAGAAUACAAAAUAAAAAAAUACUUGUUAAUAACAAUAGUACAAGAACUAACACCGGUGAUAAGGAUGCUAGUGGUAAAGUCACCACCAAUGCAGGUGUAUCUAAACCAAUGGUUAGAAGAGACUCAGGAUCCAAGAAUAAUACCUUAAAAGGUGGUGCCAGUACAACCACUGCGUCAGCAUCAAACAUUCUUGAUAAUUUAAACAAAUCCGCAACAGCAACAGCAACAGCACCAUCAUCAAAACCAGAGGCUACUAACACUGCUGAUAACGAGACAGCUUUAGAUGAUUUUGACUAUGUGGCUCAUAUACGAAGAAUAAGUCAAGAAGAAUCAAAACUGGAUUUAAUAAAUGUAAGAAAUAAAAACAAUGGUGGUGGUAGUGACAACAAUACCAAAGAUGAACAUUCUGGCAACUACCUAUCCACUUAUAUCAACAACCUUGAAUCUAAUUUGAAAAACAGCUCUCAGUUUCAACGACCUGGGUCCACAACUACAACUGCUACAUCAAUCAGUCAAGUUUCGCCAACUAAUAUACAACAUAGUAAAUCAAUAUCUGGUAUAUCAGCUCCAUUCAUAACAAAGUCUACAACGUCAUCUUCUUCCUCAUCGUUAACACCAGGUGCAUCACAACCAGUAACCGCAGCGACCAAAAAAACCACAAGUACCAUAUCACCAAACUCAAUUUCAGCAAUGCCAAUGGGUGGCAGAAAUAAUGGUUUACUUAACGAUGGACGCAAGAAGAUCUUACAAUGUACCAAUUGUGAAACCAGGACAACUCCAUUGUGGAGAAAAUCAAAUAAUGGUGAUUUACUAUGUAAUGCAUGUGGUUUGUUUUAUAAGUUGCAUGGAACAUUAAGGCCAUUGAGGAAUAACAACAAUAAUAACAAUAAUACAAGUUAUGCAGUUGGAGAUGUAAAUAAGUUUAAAAUGAAAAACAGCGAUGAUAAAAUUAUUGGCAAUACAAAUAUCAAUCUACUUUCAUCAGAGUACACCAUUGGAAAUGGAGGAGAAGGUAAGCGUGAUGCCAAUAGCAACAAUAGAGGCCUUGAUGGAUGUGUUGGCUCUGCAUCAGCACCACUUCCGAAUCACUUUCCCCAAUCACAAUCACAACCGCAACAUCAUCUUCACCACCAUCACCACCACCAUCACCAUCAUCUUGAUCCAACUAGUGAACAAAGUGAUUUAAACGCCGAUAUGGAUCUUGAUUCACAUUUUAAUCACAAUAUCCAACAUGAACGAGAAGAGAGGAGUCAGGGAGAGGAUAAUAGCACCAAUGCUAAUACGUCGUUUACAACCCAACAAAUUGAUAAAUUAUUGAAUUUAAACCUAUUUCAAUCUGAUUUCACGUCAAAUGGAAAUACUAAUGAGAUGUUGUUUCAGCAAGAAUCACCAUUCCACCAAAACCAACAACAACAUCACCACCAACAUCAUGAUGAGUUUGAUUUGUUGGAUCCUAAUGGACUACCACCACCUUCAUCAUCUAAUGAUGCCUCAUUGGGUGGUGGUAGUAGCAUAGCUCAUGAUAAUAGUAAUGUUAUUUUUACAGGAAGUUCCAAUAAUCACACUAAUCAUUCUGAAAGUCAUACUCCUAGUCAGUUUAUGGGUAAUACAUCUACUCAAGAUGCUGAUAAUUGGAAUUGGUUACAAUUCUAG